GAAAACUCAAGGGAUGUUAUAAUUGUACAAGAUUCCCUCGAUGAAACGCUGGCUGGAAUUUCAAGUGACGUGCUUCAGGAAUACGGUGACACAGUUUGGAAAGGAAUUACUGGACCAGAAGACAGUAGACGCUAUAAAAAGUAUUGGCUGUGGGUCGAACGGGUUUCUGGUUCAAAGCUGACGAUUGGAAAAGAUUACAAUUUCAGAAUCGAUCGCUGUGUGCCCUUUCAAUGCAGUUAUGGUACCUUCUCCUCUGGCGUCAGCGUCAAAAUCAGCCGUGUUGAGAGUUCUUCACAUAUUACCGACCAAACAAGGAACUCCUAG